AUGUUGUGGUUGCUGCUGCUGCUGCUCCUGGUGUCGGUUCAUGGUGUAGGGUCUGCAUCCCGUGGGGAACGCAGUAAAGGACUGGCUGUGACGGCUAGAGGGACUGCAAGGACACCUCAUAUCGCAGCGUCCGAAAUGGCCAGCAGGGCCGGCACGUCAAUGAAGGCUGAUGGAGACCUCCUAGGUGCCUUCAAUCGGUCUCCAGCAUGGCAGGCAGACCCCGUAGAAUUUCAUAGCCGCCUAAUUGAUGACCGUCGUCCUCUUACGUUGGAGCUGAUGACCAGCCGAUGCCGAGCUGAUGCCGGCUCACGCAGGAUCCCACGCGCUUUUUCUCGGCCCAUGCCCACUCUAUCGCACAGGGGAUGGAAAAUGUAG